AUGGUGAACAGCGCCGCCGGCGUCAGCGAAAGUUUUAGGGAGUUGCUGGGUGCGGCGGAGGCGGACGCUGAGGACAUCGGAGAGUCAUCAUGGAGAUUGAAUAUAAACGAGUUCCGGUUGCCGGAACGCAACUCUGAUAACCGCCACAAGUUCAGUUUCGGACGCCUCCUCCGCAGUCCGAGGAAACGUCGAAAAGUUUCUGAAUAUUAUAAAAAGCAGGAAAGGCUACUGGAAGGGUUCAAUGAAAUGGAGAUGAUCAAUGAAGGCUGUUUACCAGAUCGUUUAACAGAGGAUGAAAUGAAACAGCUUGCCAGGAACGAAAGAAUGGCUGUUCACGUGUCAAACUUCGCUAAUCUUAUCCUUUUUGCCGCAAAAGUUUAUGCAUCAAUCGAGAGCAGAUCUUUGGCUGUGAUUGCGUCGACCAUGGAUUCCUUCCUAGACCUCUUAUCCGGGCUUAUUCUUUGGUUCACUUCCCAAGCGAUGAGAACUCCAAACCAUUAUCGCUACCCCAUCGGAAAGAAAAGGAUGCAACCUGUGGGAAUUAUUGUUUUUGCAUCAGUAAUGGCAACUCUAGGAUUGCAAAUAUUGCUGGAGUCUGUCCGUGAAAUCAUUGUAAAGUCUCAUCCAGAUAUGGACCGUGAGAAGGAGAAAUGGACGAUAGGGAUCAUGUCCUCUGUAACUGUGGUGAAGUUUCUGCUUAUGAUCUAUUGCCGUAGAUUCAAGAAUGAAAUUGUUAGAGCCUAUGCUCAAGAUCACUUUUUCGAUGUCAUUACAAACUCAGUUGGAUUAGCAACAGCUAUUUUAGCAGUACGGUUCUACUGGUGGAUUGAUCCUACUGGGGCUAUAAUUAUAGCGCUAUAUACAAUCAAUACAUGGUCAAAAACAGUUGUCGAAAAUGUAUGGUCACUGAUCGGAAGAACUGCACCACCAGAUUUUCUAGCAAAGCUAACAUAUCUUAUAUGGAACCACCACAAAGAGAUACAGCAUAUUGACACGGUCAGAGCUUAUACUUUUGGUUCUCAUUACUUUGUAGAGGUUGACAUUGUAUUGCCCGAAGAUAUGCUUUUGAACCAAGCACAUAAUAUUGGAGAAACAUUACAAGAAAAGCUCGAGCAACUUCCUGAAGUCGAGCGUGCUUUCGUUCACAUAGACUUUGAGUUUACUCACAGACCAGAACACACUAGCAAAGUCUAA